AAGGAAAAAAAAAAAGAAGGGGCAGCACGCGACAGGACGCCCGCACAUCUCGAAUUGCCCUGUGCCGACCCCGCAGCUCAACCGCCCCCUCGACGGGAACGAGCAGCAUGUUGUACGAGCUGAUUGGAGUAGUCCGGCCUGGCAGGCCCCAAGAGGUCAAGGAAAUCGUCCUCACGGCCGGCCAGACGAUCCUGCGCGGCGGCGGCGUGAUCCGCGACAUCGCCAACUGGGGCGUCUUCAUGCUGCCGCGCAGCGCGACGCGGUCGCAGAUGCGCUACCACGAGGGCCACUACUUUGUGCUGCGCUACGAUUCGGGCGUCGACGCCCAGCGCUCGCUGCGCGAGGCCCUGCGCCUGGACCCGCGCGUCAUCCGCUCCAGCACCGUCAAGCUCGGCGACGGCAAGCUCGAGUCGCUCAGCAAGCUGGGCAAGAUCCGCUGGGCCACGGCCGGCAAGGACAGGGAGCUCAUGUAGAGGGAGGGGGGAUGGAAGGGGAUGGAACGACGCUUUCUCAGAAAGGCCCAAGCCAUGAAAAAAAAAAAAAAGGAAAAA